AUGCAUGGCCAUCUCAAGACCGAAGUCCUCACCGAAGCCAACUGCGUGCGCAAGACCAAGGCCGGCGACAAGGUCAACGUCCACUACCGCGGCACCCUCGAAAGCGACGGCAGCGAAUUCGACGCCUCAUACAACCGCGGCCAGCCCUUGUCCUUCGCCGUCGGUACCGGUCAAGUCAUCAAGGGAUGGGACCAAGGCCUGCUAGACAUGUGCCCCGGCGAAAAGAGGAAGCUCACAAUCCAGCCUGAGUGGGCCUAUGGCUCGCGGGGUGCUGGCCCCAUCCCCGCCAACAGCGUCUUGAGUAAGUGCUAUUGGGACACACGGCGAAUACAUUGA